CGGGGUGAUGAUUCCGAACGCACCUUUAAUUAAAACGCGACCAGCAGCGGUGAGAGACCCCGCCCCCCGCCUUAACCCGGUCCGUGCCCAAUCCCUUCUCUGUCUUUGCAGUGGGGGGAGGGGGCGGAGGAAGCGAGAGAGACGCACAAAGGCGCGGGGUGAGAGAGUGAUAAAAGCCUACUUGAGCUCCGAUAAGGCCGAUAACUCCGGCGAAGCUUCAGCCCAGCUUCAUCAACAUAUUAUCAUCAAUCAAUUAACAAAUUAAACAUCUCCACUCUCUCAUUUUCUCUGUGAUUUCUUGCUACAUCAAUUUUUCUUUCCUCAAUCGCCAACUGUGUUGUACAAGCCAUGUUGUGGAGGUCUAUUUUGGAGAUAUCAUCACGUCAAUCGCUUCGGAGGAUCCCAAGACAGAUUACUACUCAGGGAUCCUCAUUUCUGUCUUCUAGAAAGGAAUUUUCAUCUGCAUCACAGCAAAAUGCUUCACAAGGAGCUGGCUCCACAGGAAAGUCAUCUGGGUCAGGGAGUCAGUUAUCCAAAGUUGUCAUUGGAAGUUUUGCCCUUGGUGCCGUUGUUGUGACAGCUUACCAAACUGGCUAUUUAGAUCAAAUUAUUGGCAAAGAUCAUCCUAGUUCUUAUGAGUCAUCUAAAGUUGGGCUUGAUAAAAAAGAUGCAAAGGGUGUACAGCAAGGGGGAGAGCACAUAAUUUUGCCAAAUAAUGAAGAGACUAACAAAUUGAGCCAAAAUGUAGAGCAUCCCGAGCCAAAGGUUGAAACUCAUGACGAUCUUCCACAUCUUGAAGGUUUGAGUGAAAAGGGAGGUGAAAGCCAGUCAUCUUUGGCUCCUGUAGAGGACAAAAUCCCUAUUGAAGAGAAGAACUUGCCAAAUUAUUCUCACACCCCCAUGACAUCUAAUGAUCAAAGUACAAAUUCUGGAAUAUCAUCUGAAGGGAGUCAUGACAUGAGAUCACUAGUGGCAAAAGCUAAUGUGGAACCAAAUGAGAAAGUCCAAGUUGCAUCCGCUUCUACUGAGGAUAGUACAGUGCAUAAAGAAAAUGAAACAUCCAUGCCUCAGCAUCUUACUGCAAAGGAUACGCAACAAGUACAGGUUCCGUUUGAAGCUGUUUCCAGCGCUAAUGUUUUGCCGGGUGCUCUAGGUCAAGGCUUUGAAGCACCAAGUUCCCUCCUCGAUGAAUAUCAUCUAAGGGAUAAGAAUCACAGAUCUGUUGCAGCUUUCUCACAGGGCACUAAUGGUUAUGAACAUUUUUCAAAGGGAAAAGAGGCUUCAGUUAGUGCAAUGGAGGAUUUGAAGGAUGCUUAUAUAUCAGAAGAUGGAAAAUUGGUUCUUGAUUUCUUACAAACCAUUCAUGCUGCUGAAAAAAGGCAAUCUGAGUUGGAUGCUCAUGUUUUUAAUGAAGAAAGGCGAAUGAUGAAGGAGAAGUAUGAAAAGGAGUUGAAGGAUGCGAGGGUAAGAGAAUUAAUGUAUGCAGAAGAGGCAGCGAUUUUGGAUAAGGAAUUGAACAAAGAGAGGGCAAAGGUGGCGGCUGCUAUUAAGUCACUUCAAGAAAAAGCAGAAGAGAAACUUAAAAUGGAACUUGAACAAAAGGAAAGUGAAGCAGAAUUAAAGCUGAAGAAAGUUCAGGAGUUAGCGAAAGCGGAAUUGGCUGCAGCUAUUGCCAGUGAGAAGGCAUCUCAAAUUGAAAAAAUGGCAGAAGCAAAUCUUCAUAUAAAUGCUUUGUGUAUGGCAUUCUAUGCACAAUCGGAAGAGGCUCGUCAGAGUCACUCUGUCCAUAAACUUGCUUUGGGAGCACUUGUGCUAGAAGAUGCACUUUCUAAAGGGCAACCAAUUCAGGCAGAAAUAGAGGCUUUGCACAGUUAUCUUGAAGGUAUUGAUAGAGACUCACUUUUAGAUUUGGUCAUAUCAUCCCUUCCAGAAGAAACUCGAAACCAUGGCACAGAUGGUCUAUUGCAACUGCAUCAGAAGUUUGAUGCCCUGAAAGGGACACUGCGGCACUUCAGUCUAAUCCCACCAGGGGGCGGUGGCAUUUUAGCACAUUCCUUGGCUCAUAUUGCUGCCUGGUUAAAGGUUAGGGAAGCUGACCCGGCUGGUGAUGGGAUUGAAUCUGUCAUAUACAGGGUUGAAAGUUAUUUGGCUGAAGGGAAACUUGCUGAGGCAGCAGAUACUCUUGAAGAAGGUGCCAGAGGCAGCCAAGCUGCAGAAAUUGUUGGUGAUUGGGUGAGACGAGCUAGGAAUAGGGCUGUCACAGAGCAAGCAUUAACCCUUCUUCAGUCAUACACGACAUCCAUCAGUCUUACUUAGAGUCUGAAGUUUUUGAUUAUCUAAACUGGGCUCAUCUUGUGGGAUGGAAUUUUUUCUCUAGUAAUUUCAUUGAUUGAAUCUUUUAGAAGCAGUGCUUGGCAGCCAAUCUCCUCUUUAUAGCAACUUAAAUUUUGGGAAUUUUGUAAACGAAUACCGCAGGGUUUCUUGUUGAAAAAAUGAGUUGGUUGUGUUUUGUUUCACUGAAUUAGAUUUUAUGCUCCAUGUGAAUUCUGGAUUCACGUGUCAGUUGUAGUUUCUAGAGACUGGUAUUUUUCUCUUGCCUUUGCGUACUCAGGAAUUAAAGGAAGCAGCACUGCAGCAGCAUGGUUAUGCCGAGACAAUGUAACCAUAUUGUCCAUUUUAAAUGUAAGCAACUAUUGAUAAUUAAUUUACAUAUAUCAGGUGGUAUUGUGUUGUAAA